GUUUUCCAAGGUCCAAAUCACUUAGUGUUAUACCAUCAUCAUCAUCAACUCUAACUUUACCGUCUAGUUUAUUACCUAGUAAUAAUCAUUCUAGAAAACAUUCAAUCGCUCAAUCAUAUGGUGCACCAAUAACAUUGGAUCGUUAUUUAACCAACGAAGGUCACCGCCUGGUUGUUUCUUAUCUACGCCUAACACAAAUUCAAAAAGACAUACAACAAGGCCACUUACACAAAUUAACCGAAAAAGACAUUGACAUUUUAUUAAAGAGUUACAAUGGUGUGACUACAAACGUUUAUGAAACUUUAAAUUAUCAAGAAUUAAAUUUAUCUUUUCCGGAAUGUAAAUUACUAGCAAUGUUAUUAAAAUUUGACAAUUUAUCGAACAUUAGGCAUUUAAAAUUAUCAAAAAAUAAUUUAAAAGGCUCUUCACUGAAAUUAAUUCUGGAAUCUUUACACAAUCACUCAACUGUCAUAACACUGGAUUUAUCAUUCAACAAUUUAACAGAUUCUGAUGCAAAGAAUUUAGCCAAAUUAAUCAAAAACAAUAACAAAAUUAAAGAAUUAUAUGUAUCUUAUAAUAAUAUAAAAAGUGAAGGUGCAAAACAUAUUGCAAAAGCACUAAAAGCAAACAAGUCAAUAGAAAGAUUUGGUAUUGAAUCAAACAGUUUAGGUGCUGUAGGUGGCAAGUAUAUAGGUGAUAUGUUAAAGGACAAUAAUACUUUAAAAUAUUUACAUAUAGGUACAAAUAAUUUACAAUUGGCUGGUAUAAAAUAUAUAUGUGAAUCAUUAACAAUAAAUAAAUCACUUGUCAGUCUAAGUUUAGAUUCUAACAAUUUUCUACCAGCUGGUGCAAAUGAAUUAGCUGAAGCUUUAAAAGCGAACAAAAACCUAACUCAUUUAUAUAUUUCAAGGAACAAUAUUAGUAAUGAAGGAUUAAAUUAUAUAUGUGAAGCUUUAUUACAAAAUACUACUUUAAUAUAUCUCGAUUUAGAAUUUAAUAAUAUUGGACUAGGAUUAUCCAAUGGUGAUAAUAAUAAAAAUCAUAUUGUACCAAAAGCAAUUAAUCUAACAUCAAACCCUAUUGGUAAUAAAGGAUGCGGGUUAAUAUUUUCUGGAAUUCAUAAAAAUAAAACUCUGGAAUCUUUAUUAUUAAGUAGUUGUUCUAUUGGUCCAGAUGGUGCAAAGAUCAUAAACGAAUCAUUAAAGUCUAACAAUGGCUUACAGAAUCUUAGUUUACACAAAAAUUUACAAUUAGGAGUUGAUGGUCAUUUAUUAAUAGCUGAUGCUUUGAAUGAAAAUACUUCACUGAAAGGUUUACAACUAGAUUAUAAUUUUGAUGAAUGGGAAAGUGUUGGUAAUAUGAUUCAACAGUGUUUAACAAGAAAUCACUUCUUACAACAAGAAAAAUAUAAUUCUGCCUGCAGGAUUUUAAAGGCUUCCAGAAUAAUUUUCAAUGCAAAACAAAAUAAUAAUCAUCAGUCUUCAGAAUUAAUGGCUAGAAAAAAGAAAAAAAAUAAAUUGAGUCAAUUACCAAUUGAAAUCAAAGAACUAAUUAUAACCUUUUUAGAUUCUAAAAAUGUAUUGUCAGAAUUACAAAUAAUCUCAAUCAUAAAAUGGUCAGUGAGAAAAGAUACUUUGGGAUCUACUAUGGAAGAUUUUCUUACUAAAACAUUAAGUGCCUAUUAUCCUUUAACUACUGAUGUACAACUUUGGCCAACUGAAGUAAUUGAGAAUGACAUGAUUAACAACAGAUUUUAA